UGGUACCACUUCAGUUUUAGUUGAUGUAACUCUAACCUCUCCUUUAAAAAAAAACAGCGAAGAGGAAAAUAAAUAAAACUGUGGAGGACAGGAAUGAACGUAUGGUGAGUGGUGACUGGGAAGCGCUCUUGGCAUGGCAAAUUUCCCGCCAAUCCUGGUCUCUUGCGGUCAAUGCUCUUCCUCUCUCUCUCGCCUUCCCAUUCCCUCAGCCUUCAGCUUAUCGCAUUUUCCAGGAUUUUUUGGACCAGAAUCACAAGACUGAAAUUUCAAGGUGUUCUCAAAGAUUUGGAUUCAAGCUGAAUGGCUCAUCAUUGCAAGUAAUCUGAAGAAAUAGAACCACCAUUAAUGGUUCCUUUUGAACAUAUGUCAUGGUGCUUGUUCUAUACAGCUAUGGCAUACACUUGAACUGAACAUCUUUUUGGGCCUCAAAGAAGAGAUUCUACAUAUUGCGGAAUUACUAUUUGUUUGUUUUAUCCAAGAGACACACUAUAAGUAAUGGAAAUUCAACAGGCGCCACCUCAGCUAUCCCGAGUUGGGGGUUUGCAAAAACAAACAAGUGCGCCUCCUUUGGAGCAUGGCUUUGGUUUAUUGGGAUCUAUGCUUUUACAUGGAGAGUUAGACUUAUGGAUUAUGGAAGCCAAAUCCCUACCAAACAUGGAUCAAGUAAAAGGUUUAGCCCAAUUCAAUGAUCGUGACACCAGUGAUCCAUACGUAUCAGUAUGCGUGUCCGGAGCAAGUAUAGCUCGAACAGCUGUGAUCCGAAAUUGUGAAAACCCUUCAUGGGAUGAGCAUUUUCGGGUGCCCAUAGCUCAUUCAGUCGAGAAAGUGGAGUUUCAUGUAAAGGACAAUGACGGUUUAGGGGCAGAAAUGAUUGGCUCCGUGGAUAUACCCGUAGAUGAUAUCCUUGAUGGGAAUGAAGUAAAUGGUUGGUUCCCCAUCCUUGGAUCUUCGGGCUCUCCCGUGAAAGCUGGAGCUGAAUUGCAUCUCUCUAUUCAUUAUAGGCCCGUUGCUACCAAUCUUAUAUAUAAAGAUGGUAUUGGUGUUUUGAGAGACUCUAUUGGAGUGCCAAACACUUAUUUCCCAAUGAGGAGAGGGGGGAGUGUUACUCUUUAUCAGGAUGCUCAUGUGCCUGAUUCAAUGCUUCCUGAAAUUUCACUUGAUGAUGGAAAUGUUUUCAAGCAAAACAAGUGUUGGGAAGACAUAUGCCACGCCAUCAUGGAGGCAAAGCAUUUAGUUUAUAUUGUUGGAUGGUCUGUGUACCACCGGGUGAAGCUUGUCAGGGAACCUACUAGGACAUUGCCUUCUCCAGGGGAAAUGUGUCUUGGAGAUUUGCUCAAGUACAAGUCACAGGAAGGAGUUCGUGUUAUUUUGCUCAUUUGGGAUGACAAAACAUCAAAUGAUGACUUUCUUCUAAAAACAGAAGGAGUUAUGCAAACACAUGAUGAAAAAACAAGAAAGUUUUUCAAGCACUCGAGCGUUCAUUGUGUGCUUUGUCCUCGAUCUCCCAGCAAUAAACUCAGCAUUUUCAAACAAAAGGUUGUUGGAAACCUUUUUACCCAUCAUCAGAAGUGUGUUCUUGUUGACACUGAGGCUCCUGAUUAUUGUAGAAAAAUUACAGCCUUUAUUGGUGGCCUGGAUUUGUGUGAUGGCAGAUAUGACACCCCUGAGCAUCGUAUUCUUACUGAUCUCGACACUAUCUUUGAAAAUGAUAUUCACAACCCUACAUUUUCAGAUUCCGUGUCUGGCCCAAGACAACCAUGGCAUGAUCUACACUGUAAAAUUGAGGGUCCUGCUGCAUAUGAUGUACUGACUAACUUUGAACAAAGAUAUAGAAAAUCCGCAAGACGAAUGUAUUUAAAUAUGAAAAAGAUUAGGCAUCGGAGUGCAGAUGCUUUGCUGAAUGUGAGACUAAUUCCUUACAUUAAUCUCCCUUCUGCGGGCCCCGAUGGCCAACAUUGUGUACAUGUAACUAGUGAAGAUGAUCCAGAUAACUGGCAUGUGCAGGUGUUUAGAUCAAUUGAUUCUGGAUCUGUCAAGGGAUUUCCAAAGGAUGUUAAGGAAGCUGAGGCCCAGAAUCUUGUCUGUGGAAAGGCUUUGCGAAUAGAUAGAAGCAUACACAUUGCAUAUGUGAAUGCAAUAAGAUUUGCUCAACGCUUUGUUUACAUAGAGAAUCAGUAUUUUAUUGGCUCUUCGUAUAACUGGUCCUCACACAGAUAUGCAGGUGCUAACAAUCUAGUGCCUAUGGAAAUAGCUUUGAAUAUUGCCAGUAAAAUAGCAGCAUAUGAGGAUUUUGCUGUGUAUAUUGUGAUUCCAAUGUGGCCUGAAGGCAUCACUACCAGUUCUGCAGUCCAGGAAAUUCUCUUUUGGCAGCACCAAACAAUGUCUAUGAUGUAUAAAAUCGUGGCACGGGCUCUUGAAAGUGCGGGCCUCUCUGAACGCCAUCCUCAAGACUACUUGAACUUUUAUUGCCUUGGUAAGCGAGAACCUGCUGCCCCAGGAAGUGACAAUGAACCUAGUACACCUCCACAUGACCGUGCAUUGAGAUUAUCUCAAAAGUUCCGCAGAUUUAUGAUCUAUGUACAUUCCAAAGGUAUGAUAGUUGAUGAUGAAUAUAUCUUAAUGGGUUCUGCAAAUAUCAACCAGAGAUCUUUGAGUGGAUCCAGAGACACAGAAAUUGCUAUGGGAGCUUAUCAACCACAUAAAACGUGGGCCACCAAGAAAAGCCUUCCACAAGGCCAGGUCUAUGGCUACAGAAUGUCUCUGUGGGCCGAGCAUCUAGGAGAGCUGGAGGCUUGCUUUCAAAAGCCACAGAGCAUCAAAUGUGUCCGGCGCGUGAACGAGAUCGCCAGAUACAACUGGAAAGCCUUUGUGGCAGAUGAGUACCAAGAUAUGAGGGGGCAUCUGAUGCCAUAUCCGGUUCAGGUAAGCCGGUCCGGAGAGGUCACCUCUCUGCCCGGUUUUGAAUGCUUCCCUGACGUCGGGGGAAGCAUUCUCGGAUCCUCCACUAAUCUCCCAGAUGCUCUCACUACAUAGAGCACUUGAGGCUUGUAGAGACAUUUGGAAAUGAUGGAAAAUCACUCAAUGGAAAGGGCUAGGAAAUGUUCCUUCUUGCAGUUUUGUCAAUAUUUUAGGCUUUGUAUAUGAUUCUUUUUUUUUGUAGAUUGUAAUAUACAAAUAUACUAAUUAGCAGAUCUCACUCGCGUAACAGUGACAUAUUUAUUCAUUUUUUUUUGGGUAAACUGUAAAUAGUGCCGAGUAUUAGUAACCCAAGUGUAAACUUUUACAAUUAUAUUUGGCUAAUGCUAAAUUCAUCUCACAGUUGGUAACGUUCACUCUUGUUUGUGUGAAACAAAAAACUCUACCCUUA